CGAGGGCCUUCAGGGACCGAGCGUUUCAAGAACCCACGUCUUGAUUUGUUCGCUACUUUGUAGGCCUGGGUGCGGCUCACCAAACAGAAGCGUGGCAGGCCACUGCCGGUUCGGCCCCGAGCUCGGCAACCACGGGCGCGGGUGGCGUUCCGGGCGCUGGUCCGCGCCUGGGGCCUGCGCCGCCGCCGCCGCGGCCGGGCGAACCCGACGACGGCACCGCCUCAGUGGCUGGCGCGGCUGGCGCGGCCGGCAGCGCGGACGCGGGACCAGAAAGGUGCGCGGGCGAGGCGCCAGGCCCCCGCGGCGAGGCCGGCGGGACGGGCGCCUUCGCGGCCCCGCACGCCACCCUGGGGCCUCGCGGCGGUGCCGCGGCCGUGCACCAUCCGCCCCGGAGGCCUCGGCCCAAGAUGUACGACUUCACCGUCGAGGCGGACUUGACAUGCUCCGAAAGCUUCGACCCCAAGGCGAAGCCCGCGGCGGAGCUCGAUGGUCAGCAAGGCCUCUGCACGGAGCUAGGGGCCAGCUGCAGUUCGUCACAAUCUCCUUCUUGGCCGUCCUCCAGCUCGCCGCAGUGGCGCCGUGGCCCGCCGGCGUCUCCCUUCACCGCUGCGAGAGAGGCCGAGCGCAGCGACCGCGGCGCGACGUGGUGGCACAAAGAGGCGAAGCAGAGGGAGACUGCGCAGCAGGACAGACUGGUGGAGAUCGCAGGGGAGUGCAACAACUUCGACGUGACAACCUUCACGGAGAAUCAGAGACGCAGGCAUGUGAUAGAGGGGACAGCAGAGGCAGCAGACUACGUAGAAGCAGAAACAACUCCGAAAAAACUACAACGGGGAGCAGGCCAACAGGUCCGACUACUAGCUGAGAAGAAUAACAUGACCAUCACGAACACGCGAGGAACCUGGAGGCCGAACUUCUUCGGGGACGGAGGCGUCUCGAGCAUAGAUUACAUCUCGGCACCCUGGAGAUUGUGUUCAAGCUGGAGAUCGAGAGGCCCG